AUGGCACGAUUUGAGGAAUCUGAGUUGCAGCAAGAAGCCGCAGAGGCAGCUUUGCGAGGCGAUGCCGCAACGCUCCGAGAAUGUCUCAAGAAAGGUCUUUCGCCAAUGGACAUAUCAGUCUAUCUAAGUGCCUUGGAAUAUGGAGACGUGGAGACUGUUCAAGUGAUUCUAGAUGCCGGUGGGGACAUCAACUACUGUUUUGAAUACACCGGUUCCCCUCUGAUUUCUGCCUUACGACACAACCACCCGGAUCUACUUGAAUUUUUUUCUCCCAUGACGUUGAUCCCAACAUGGGGCAUUGGGUUCACUGGUUACCCCCACUUAGUGUCGCCGUGCGAGCGAAUGCACCUGUUGCUCGAACAUGGGGCGGAUGUCAACGAAAUAACUUUCAUGGAUGUUAUUGCUUUUGUAGACUAUCACGGUGCAGGGUACCACGCUGGAGGGACUCCUCUUCAUUGGGCGAUUGCCGGGGGCCAUGCACGGGCGGUGAAGUUAUUGUUGGAUCUCCACGCUGAUCUGAGUGUACUGGAUAAGGAGGGAAUUUCUGCUGGGGACCGUUUGGCUGAGUUUGAGAAGCACAACAGCCUCUGA